AUGGCAUCUGAAGCAUUUAGCAUUUCAAGCAACCUAUCUCAUUCUAGGAGAAGAAGGUUGCAGUGUUACUGUGGGUUGGACGCCCCCCUGGUUACUUCUUGGACAUCUCAGAAUCCAGGUCGAAGGUUCUAUGGUUGUGGGUUAUACAAGUUACAAGGAAGGAAAGGAUGUGCAUAUUUUGAGUGGUACGAUGAGCAACUGGAAGAACGUUCAAAUGAGGUCAUCAACUCAUUAUUGAAGAAAGUUAACAAUUUGAAGAAGGAAUUAUUGAUAAAGAAGACUGAUGACAAGUUGAAAAAGAAAGUCAAAUUUUUAGUUACAUUUUUGGUUUUGUCUUGGAUUGCUUAUCAAUACAUGGUUCUAUUUCUUAUGGUUCAGAAAGAUUGUGUAUCAAAAUGGUUCUAUGCUGUUUAG